AUGAAGGGUGCUAUCCUCUCCUCCAUCGUCACUGCCAGCGGCGUCGCUGCGCAAUUGAAGCUCGGCCCCGGCCUGGGCCAUAUCAACGUCGCCGCCGUGGAUGUUAGCGACCCCGAGUACACCGUCUGCUCCAACGCCGCCGACCUUGUCGAUGCCUGCGUUACUGCUGCUGGCGGUGCCGACGCCCUGGCUACCAAUGCCGCCGAAUUCGUUGGCUGUGCUUGCUGCAUUGACUCUACUGCCAUCUACCCCGUCUACUCGGGCUGCUCCGUCUACCUCUCGGAGGAGGCUGGUCCUACGCUCUCUGACACUUACUCCGUCUAUGACCAACUCUACAGCAUCUGCGGUAUGAGCGCUGACUGCACCGGCGCAAUCACCGGCGCAGCCACUGGCACUGAGGACGCCAGCGCCUCUAGCACUGUCGAGAUCCUGGCCUCGACGACCGAUGGCAGCUCUGACACCACCUCCGCCGAGAGCUCCAUGAUCACCGACAGUGCGGGCGAGUCUUCAGCUUGCAAUGACGUUCUCAGCAUGUACUCCUCUUGCAGCAGGGAGAUCGACGGCUUUACCGAGCUCCCCUUCGGCGAGCAGGCUACUUGCUACUGCUGCCGCAGCUCUGGUGGUUCGCUCACCUGGACCGAUGAGCUCGACAAGUAUGCCAGCACUUGCGCCGACUGGGCCGUCACCGGCGAGCCCGACACCGUUUACUCUGUCGCCAAGACCUUCGCUACCUUCUGCGAAAACUUCAGCGAUGCCUGCGACGCCACCGCUACCUCUACCGAUUCGUCCGAGUCCUCCACGACCGGGAGCUCCGAAGCCCAGGCCACUGACAACAGCAAUGAUGCCGUUACCGUCACCGUCCCGGCCCCCACCCAGACCAGCGCCAGCUCUGACAACGGCAACGCUGCCGCCUCCGUCCGUGUUGGCUGCGGUGCUGUCCUGGCUGCCGUUGCUGCUCUGGCCAUUGCUCUGUAA